GGGGGAGGCAGCAAUGCGCUAAAUUGCGCAUAGUCUGCCGGAAAAGAAGAAGAAGGAAGCGGAAGCUGGAGAUGUUGUAGGAGGCUUCCAGCGUGUGUUCAUGGUUCGGUCAGGGUUAAAACAGGUUGAAACAAUGAGCAUAUUUUCUGUGACUUUCCUGCGGAGGCUUCGGCCCAGUGUCGGGGCUCCUUCCUCCAGCCUCAUCUACUCUGCAGCGGCCCACAGGGCGCCGCCUCCCUGCUCUCGGAGACAGGGGGGGGGCCCGGGUGCGGACGGAAGGUCGUUCCUCCGCUGCCACAGCACGGUGCAGUUGUGCAGUGUGUCGUCCCGUUGUCUCUCCACAGCGACACAUUCUGAGGACGGAAAGCUCAUCUACUCCGGCAGCCUGGGCACUGCUGUUCGAGGUGUGAAGCUGUUCUCUUACAGCUCCAGCUGGGCCAGCCUCCUCGUCAUGCCUCAGAUCCUCCUGAAGACCGGGUUGGGGGUCCAGAGCCUCGCCCUACAGGCUGCAUUCUGUGGAGUCGUGGGAUUUUUCACCUUCAUCACCCCAGUCGUCCUCCACUUCAUCACCAAGGGCUACGUGAUCCGCCUGUACCACAGCCCAGACAGAGAUACGUACACCGCCAUCACCUACAGCGUGUUCCUCACUGAGAAGAGGAGGGUGUUCCACCAGAGGAAGGUCCGGAUCCCGGCUGUCAGCCAGAUGUUCACCACCUUCUACGCUGGUGACGCAGGGUUGCUGGUGAACCCGGACAUGUUCCUCCUUCCACAUGACUACAACCACCUGAUGGGCUACGAUAAGCCCUUUAGCUUUAGCACAGAUGAUGUGGAUAGACCUGACCAGAGCUGAAGCAGCUUAGUGGUCCACGCCUCCAAACUGCACAGUGUGUAUAUAUAUAUAUACUCACAUUUCUACCAGGGUGGACCAUCUGGCACCCCAAAAAUGACUCGACAAAACAUUUUCAUUUUCAUUUUUUUGUCAAUAUUUUGAGGAUCUUUCAUGUUAAUAAAGGAUAACGUCAGUUGAACCGUUUAAAAACA